UCUCGAAACUUUUUUCCAUUCAUUUGUGUUCAAGAGUCCGCGCUGUACAAAUCGAAAUUUCAAAUAUGGGUGUUCCAGCUGGUGAUGUUGAAAAGGGCAAGAAGCUAUUCGUCCAACGUUGUGCCCAAUGCCACACCGUUGAGGCCGGAGGCAAACAUAAAGUAGGCCCCAAUUUGCAUGGUUUGUUUGGACGUAAAACUGGCCAAGCCCCUGGAUUCGCCUACACAGAUGCCAACAAAUCCAAGGGCAUUACCUGGAAUGAGGAUACAUUGUUCGAAUACUUGGAGAAUCCCAAGAAAUACAUUCCCGGCACAAAAAUGAUCUUUGCUGGCCUUAAGAAACCUGGAGAGCGUGGUGAUCUCAUUGCCUAUCUGAAAUCGGCCACAAAAUAAAUUCAAAAAAUUACAAGUUAUUAUAUACAUACAAAUAAAUUAAUUUAUGUAAACUAAAAAACCUAAAUCAAAUUUUACUUUAACUAAUGAUAAUGUAAAUUAAAUAGUAAAGAUAUAUAAUUUUAAUUGAUGUAUAUCGGACGCAGUGGUACAAGAGACGUGGACAAAAUGUAUUAAUAAACAUUUGUUGUAUUACCUCACA